UUGCAGAUGCUUUUUGUGUGCAUAUGAAGAGGAAAACAAAUAUCUGCCAAGGCAGGUGCAAGCCAUGAGAGAAAUCAUCUUUUGUGACCUCUGAUUUCAAAUAGGAAACUCUCCUGGGGGGGGGGGGGAGGUGGAAGCCUCUAAGACAUGCCUCUAAUGGUAAUUUCUGAAACAGAAUGAAACAAUUGCUGUACAAAGGGAAUUAAAAAAAAAAAAAAAAAGCCCAGUUGAACUGUAGUUUCAGUCCUAAGGUGAGAUGUCAGCAGAGGAGGAGUUUGCUCCUCCCUAUAAAAGAUCAAGUCAUCUGCCACCCAGAAGCAGACGCUGCUCCAUCCAUCCUAAAGUUCCAGGUGCUCCCUCUUAUAAUCCGCAAUGGAGCUCGCUCACCGAAGCCUCCAAAGAAGCCUCAGUUCCUCCUCACAGGGCCCAGCACUCAGUGUGAGCGGCUCUCUGUACAGGAAGGGGAGCGUGCAGCGCUUCGGGGUUGCCCCCAGUGUUUAUGGAGGGGCUGGAGGCCAUAAUACCCGCAUCUCCACCUCCAGACAAGUGGUGGGCUAUGGGGGUGAUCUAUUUGCUGGCAGUGAGAAGACAGCCAUGCAGAACCUAAAUGACCGCCUUGCAAGCUACUUAGAUAGAGUGCGGUCUCUGGAGCAGUCCAACUCUCAGCUGGAACUGCAGAUCAAGCAGUGGUAUGACGUAAAUGCACCCGCUGCCACUCGGGACUACAGUGCCUAUUACAAACAGAUAGAAGAGCUGCAGAAUCAGCUCAGAGAUGCUCAACACCAAAAUGCCCGGUAUAUUCUGCAAAUUGAUAAUGCCAGGUUGGCUAUGGAUGACUUCAGAAUGAAGUAUGAGAAUGAGCGGGGGCUACGCCUGACAGUGGAGGCUGAUGUUCAAGGCCUGACUAAGGUCUUUGAUGAUCUAACCCUAAAAAAAACAGACUUGGAGAUCCAAGUUGAAGAACUGAAUAAAGACCUGGCUCUCCUCAAAAAAGAACAUCAGGAGGAAGUGGCCACCCUGCGCAGAGCACUGGGCAGUACUGUCAGCGUGGAGGUAGACGCUGCUCCCAGCCUGAACCUCAGCGCGGUCAUGAAUGAAAUGAGGCAGAAAUACGAAAUCAUGGCUCAGGAAAACAUUCAGAAGGCCAAAGAGCAAUUCGAAUUCCAGAUUGAGGCUCUUCAGCAAGAAGUCACGGUGGGCACUGAAGAGCUGAAAAUUUCUGAGAGUCAAAUCAAGGAGCUGAGACAUACCUACCAGAACCUGGAGAUAGAGCUCAGGUCACAUCUCAGCAUGAAAGAAGCUUUGGAGCGUACACUGGAAGAUACCAAAGCUCGUUAUGGUGCGCAGUUGGCUGCCAUGCAGACAAGGCUUAGCUUACUAGAGAACCAGCUGAUGCAGGUCCGGUCUGACACAGAACAUCAGAUCAGCGAAUACCAUAUUCUCCUUGACAUAAAGACCCGGCUUGAGCACGAAAUUGCUACUUACCGCCACCUUCUAGAAGGAGAAGAUGUAACAAAUACAGAAUUUCAGUUAAGCACCCUGGAAGAAAAGGAUGUAAGGAAAACCAGGAAGAUUAAGACUGUUGUGGAAGAAGUAGUGGAUGGAAAAGUUGUGUCAUCUGAAGUCAAAGAGAUGGAAGAGAAUAUAUGAGCAGAGAACAUUCUACUGAGGAUCUGAAAAAAAGAAAAGCAACUAUAUUUCAGCAGGAAAUCAUAUUAAUGUGUUGUAGCGAUUAGACAAGAGGGCAAAAGUUGUCAGUCUCUGUAACCGAAUAAAAAUGUUUUACUCAGAGGAACUGCAUACUGCUUGCAAAAACUGAAAUCAAAUGAGCCCUGGGAUAGUUAAAAUCCUCCUUACUGCCAUCUUUAACACUGAAACACAUUAACCAAAGGCAAUAAGCUUAGCUAAUAGCAAUUUAUUCAGGUUCUGGAAAAUUACAGUACACUUCAGUUCCCUAGAUCACACAAGCAAAAGAGUUCGUAAAAUUUUCAAAUAAAGGAGUUGGGCGGUAGCGCAGUGGGUUAAGCGCAGGUGACACAAAGCGCAAGGACCUGUGCAAAGACUCGGGAUCCCAGUCCGAGAGUCCAGAUCCCAGUUUGAGACCCCGGCUGCCCACCUGCAAAUGGGUCGCUUCACAAGCAGUGAAGCAGGUUUGCAGGUGUCAAUCCCCCCCCUCACGUCUUCCCCUCCUCUCUCCAUUUCUCUCGGUUCUACCCAAC